GUGCCUGUUCCAAGAUGUCCCUCUGGAGCAUCGUCUCCCACAUGCCAUCGGAGCAGUUCAGUGGCCUCUUUGAUGAGUUUCCCCGCAGCCUGCGCUGUCUUCUGGCUGACUGGCUGGAGAACCAGCCCUGGGAGUUCAUCAAUGGCUCUGACACCUUCUGCACCAGUGUGGCCAGCGGGUUGCUCUCAGCCAUGCUGGAGAAGCUGCGCAGCACUGCCGGUGGUGAGGGGCAGCAGUGCCAGAUCCUGCAGCAAGUCAGCAGCAUCGAGAAAAUCUACCAGCAGGACCCACUGCGGCUGGUGGCCGUCCUGAGAGCCAUCCUGGAGGGUGAGAAGACCGCCGUAAUAAAGACGGACCGACACCUGCCCCUCAGCUUCCACCGGCGCCAGGAGGAGAUGAAGUUCAGCCUGGGGCUGCAGCGGCUGCAGCACCAUGUCCAUGAGAUCCAGGCGCUGCGGGACAGCCCCACUGCCGCUUUGUCACUGAACCCACGGGACCCACAGAUGACAGCAGAAAAGAAACCCCUGGAGAACGAGUUGUCCACCCUGAUCCUGGAGGCUGUGAAAGAGCUGGAGACAGCCAAGCAGCAGGUACUGAAGAGGAUCCAAAUCUGGAAGAGGCAGCAGCAGCUGGCAGGGAAUGGGAUUGUCUUUGAGGAGAACCUGGCUCCGCUGCAGAAAAGAUGUGAGAGCCUGGUGGAGGUUUACUUCCAGCUGCACCAGCAGGUGAUGGCAGCAAGUGCAGAGCUGGGGGCUGAGCUGCUGCCGCGGCUCCUGGAGCGGCUCAACGAGGUGUUAUCCAGCCUGGUCAAGAGCUCCUUCCUGGUGGAGAAGCAGCCCCCACAGGUGCUGAAGACCCAGACAAAGUUCCAGGCAAGCGUCCGGUUCCUGCUGGGCCCCCAGCUGCUGAAGGCCUCGGCCAAGCCCUACACGGUGCGGGCGGACAUGGUGACAGAGAAGCAGGCACGGGAACUGGCACUCAGCGCCUACAGCAACACCCUCAGCGAGAGCACAGGGGAGAUCAUGCAUAAUGUGGUGGCCCUGGAGACCAACCCCACCAGCGGGACGUGCUGUGCCAACUUCAAGAACGUGCUGCUGAAGAAGAUCAAGCGCUGCGAGCGGAAGGGGUCCGAGUCGGUGACGGAGGAGAAGUGCGCUGUCCUGUUCAGCACCACGGUGGCUCUGACCCCCGGCAACCUCUCCGUUCAUCUCCAGGUCCUGUCUUUGCCCAUCGUGGUCAUUGUCCAUGGGAACCAGGACAACAAUGCCAAAGCCACCGUGCUGUGGGAUAACGCCUUCUCUGAGACCGACCGUGUGCCCUUUGUGGUGGCGGAGCAGGUGCCCUGGGAAAAGAUGUGUGAUACACUGAACCAGAAGUUCAUGGCAGAGGUGCAGACCACCAAGGGGCUUCUCAAGGAGCACAACUUCUUCCUGGCCCAGAAGAUCUUUAAUGAUUACAGUGCCAGAUUUGAGGACUUCCAGAGCCGCAGGGUCUCCUGGGCCCAGUUCAACAAGGAGAUCCUGCCUGGUCGGGGAUUCACCUUCUGGCAGUGGUUUGAUGGAGUCCUUGACCUCACCAAGAGAUGUCUCAAAAGUUACUGGUCAGACAGGCUCAUCAUCGGCUUUAUCAGCAAGCAGUAUGUCUGCAAGCUUCUGAGCACAGAGCCUGAUGGGACCUUCCUGCUCCGCUUCAGUGACUCGGAGAUCGGGGGUGUCACUAUUGCUCAUGUCAUCCGGGCCAAGGAUGGCUCCAGCCAGGUGGAGAAUAUCCAGCCCUUCUCUGCCAAGGACCUGUCAAUCCGCUCCCUUGGUGACCGCAUCCGGGACCUGGGGCAGCUCCGCAACCUCUACCCCAACAUCCCCAAGGACCAGGCGUUUGGAAGUCACUACAACACAGAAGAGCAGACGGGCAAGGAUGUCCGGGGCUACGUCUCCACCGCCAUCAAGAUGACAGUGGAAAGUGAAAGGGACCAGCAGUCCCUGAGUGCUGCAGGGGGACCUUCCCAGGCUCACCCCUUUGGCCAGCCCAUGCUGCAGCCUGAGCUGCACCUCGAGAACAUGCAGUCGGUGCUGAGCCCCAUCUGCCCCCCUGCUCCCUUUGGCCCCCAGCCCAUCCCCACGGGCUACCCCACAGGUGAGAGUAAUGUCAACAUGGUGGUCUCCAACAACCUCGGAUCCUCCUUUUCCAGCCCGUCACAGAUGCUCUCAGUGUCUCUGGUCACAGAUCCAGCGCUGCCCCAUGGCUCUGACCUUCCUGCCUUCAGGAAUCCCUUGCCUUUCAUGCCCAGCCACUACCUGCCAGGGGAGACCUCGCAGCUACUGUCCGGGGGUCCCUUGCCGGAGCCACAGGACGAGGAGAUGCCAGAGUCACCCCCAUUCCCAUUGGUGGAAUCACUGCUGCAGAGCCCUUCACAGUGGAUGCUGCCCCCCAGCGUGGAGCUGCCCCCCAGCGUGGAGCUGCCCCCCGCCCCCGAUUUUGACCAGUUCCUGCCAGAGAUGGCGGUGGAGGGCCCUGCCCUGGGCCCCCCCUUUGUGCCCCCCCAGCAGCACAGCGGGUACCCCAGCCCCAAUGUCUCUUGCUGGGGCCUGGGGGAGGCUCGGUGGGAUGACAGUGCCCGGCCAGGACAUGCGUGAGGGACUGCUGGGGGGGCACAUCAGACUGUGACCCCCCCACACAGCCUUCCCUGGGUUCCUGGACUCGAAUCGACUUGUGCUGGGGUGGAAGCUCUGGCAGGGGAGGGGGGGGAUUUUCCGGGGGGGGGCAGGACCCUGCCCUCCCCUUGUGUAUACGCUGCACUUUGGAGCACGGAGCCACUGCCCGCCCACGCCGGGUGAGGGGGGGUGUGGAGCCCGACCCGCGGGGGGUGCCCGUAGCCCUGCCUGCUGCCCCCAGCCCACGCCGCGGGCUCGGCCCCCCCCGGGGCUGGGAUGACUCAGCCGCGGGGGCGGGAAGCAGCAGCGGUAAGAGGCUGGGGCCGAGGUGGCAGCCUGGUGCGUGAUGAGGGUCCCUCCGCCCUGCUCGGGGGACACUGGGACACCCUGCACUGGCCCCGGGGGGCGACGGACCCCUUGUACACCCGCAUUAGGCGCUUGCUUUGGCGUUUGUGAGCUGCCCCUCGAGCCCGGAGUGGGGCCGCGGCGGGGAGAGGGAGCUGGGGGCAGAGG